AUGGAGAUGAAACAGGAGAAUGGGCCUCUGGAUUGGAGUGAUGGAGGAGAAAUGGUAAUGAACUUAAAAGGUAGAAAGGUAAGACGUCUAGCGUGUGUUGAAUGUAGACAACAAAAGUCCCGGUGUGAUGCCUAUGAAAAGGCACCUAAUGCUUGUAGUCGAUGUGAAAGAAAGAAUAUACCUUGUGACUUGAAUUCUGACUAUAAAAGGACGUUUAAAAGAGCUCGUUUGGCUGAAGUUGAACGAGAAAAUAAUGAGUUAAAGCGAUCAUUGGUAAUGUCAAACCAUCCUACCUACCCUCCAACAAGCCAACAACCUCCAAGUUCUGUAUCUCCUCCUAUAAGUUCUCAUCAAAUGUUAGGUAGUUUUAACCCCAAUCAGCUUCAUCCUCAACAGCAUCAAAUCCAGCAGCAAGGAAUACCCCCAAUACCUGUUUCUUCUAUUCAGGUACCCUUUUCUGCUCAAGGUCCAAUUCCAAUCAAUCUCAAUCAUCAUAUCAGUUUACCAAAUACUCCUAAAAACUUCAACAAUACUCCACAAUCGUUCACAGAUAAUAAUAUCACGCCAAAACCACCACAACAACAACUUCACCCUAGUCAACAAUUUUCUAAAACUAAUACUAGUAACAACAAUUCAAACGGUCAUAAAACUGAAUCUCCUUUGAAUCAUUUUGAUGCAAGGUUUUCUACGGCUUCAGAAGGGUCUUUACCUAACACUCCAUCUAUUUAUCGAACAGUUGCUGAGAACCAACUGGAUGAUUUUAAUGUUAACAAAAUCCAAAUCCCUGAAAGUGCCCUACAAUGUGAAGAGAAAUCGUUAGAUAGUAUUUCUUUAUCUCCAGAAAUGGUUAGACUGUUGUUUUUGGAGUUUGUGGAUUUCUAUCAUCCCAUCUUACCUGUUGUCGAUGUUCUUAGGGGUCCUGAAAGGAUCUAUAGGUUAUGUCCUGCUCUUUUCUGGGUCAUUAUGCUAGUGGCAUUGAGAAGGUUUGAAGAUAUGUCACAUAAAGCAUUGUUACUUGAAUUAUCUCCUAUUAUCAAAGACAUAUUGGCUGAAAUAACCAUUUCUCCAAUCACCAGAUAUAAUCCAACUGAAGAAGAUGAACCUAUAAUUAAUGCAUGCUCUGUCUUUUCAGUUCAAGCGUUCCUUCUUUACACUUUUUGGCCCCCAAUUACUUCUUCAUUAAGUGCAGAUACUUCAUGGAACACUAUUGGUGUUGCACUCUUCCAAGCAAUUAGAAUUGGUUUACACUCAACCUCUUCUAACUCUGUGGGGAAUAUAACCCCUCAACAACAAGAUAUGAGGAUUGAACAAGCAAAGACAUGGGUUGCUUGUAAUAUUGUAUCCCAAACUAUUGCAUCGUCGUUUGGAUUCCCGUCGUUUGUAUUAUUUGAUUCUCCUGUUAUCAAUAGUUGUCGUCCAGGAAACUCAAUAGAACUAAAUCGUUCAUUACGAGUAAUGAUGGACAUUGCUAACUUUGAAGAUCAAGUUGGAAAAGUGCUUAAUUCCAAUCCAAUUGAUCCUUACGGUCUUGUAGAUCCUACAGAGAGAUUGCCAUUAAUUAAGUUAUUAUUACGACAGUUGGAUGAAUUGGAAAUAAAACUAAGUAACUUUCAUGUUGAUGGGUUUAGAAAGUUCCAAUUAAUCAAUGCCAGAAUACGACUAUUGACAUACUAUACUUUAGAUCCUUCGAGAAUAGCUGAAUUUGAACUUAAACGAGGAUUAGUAAAGUUGUACAAUGCUUGUAUUGCACUAAUAACACAUACCCAGCUUUACCAAACUAUGAAUCUGAAAUUUGUUAGGUAUUUGCCAGGUGUUUACAUUCUUAAUCUUUGGCAAGCAUCUUGCAUUAUAGGAAAAUUAAUCAAUUCACCUUUAAAAACUAUUAUUGAUUUGGGAACAGGGAAACAAUGUUAUCAGACAACCAUCGGACUAGCUGCCAAAGCUUCCAUUUUAAAACAUGAUAUUGCUUAUAGAUCGAGUGGGAUUAUGAGGAACAUGUGGCAACUAUUCAAGACAUUGGAUGAGAAGAAAUUAUCUACUUUGAGUGUUUCUAUCCGAAGUAGAAUGUCUGCUUCGGUGUUCUUUGAUUGCUUAUAUCUAUUACGAGAGCAAGUGGGAAUGAUAAAGUUGAAUAGUCGAACAGAUGACAAUCAAGAUAGUGGUGAGAAUGAAGACGAGGCUGAAGAGAUUUCUGGAGAUGAUGAUGAAGAAGCCGUUGUAUUUGAAGAUGGUGAUGGUAAGGGAAGUGUAACUACUCCAUCCAGUACUUCAUCUAAUAAGAGGGGACGAUCCUUAUCUAAUACAGUAAAUGCUGAAUCUAAAGCAAGAAAGAUUAUCCGGACUAUCCCAUUAGAUCCUCAGCCAAUUAGUGUGGGAAUGAAAAGAAGUUCUAUAUUCAAAGUUGUUAAUAAUCCUGAUUCUUCCGCAGCAUCAGCAUUAAAGUACUCAAGACAAGAUCCCAACCAACUCAGAGCCACACCCAAUACGUCUAACUUGAGACUGGAAGGAUAUACACCUUCCAAAAUUGAUGGUGGAAAAAGUGGAACUUCGUCUCCCAAACCAUUUGCCGUAUCUGCUGUUGAUAGUAUUGAUAUCUCAAAUCAACCUCGACACACAGUUAGGGAAGGGUAUGGUGUUUCAGAAGGCAUGGGAAACAAUAAUAAUAAUAAUAAGAAUAAUAAGAAUAAUUAUUCUAAGCCCACCAAUAGAAUUGGUGUUUCUUUCAGUGACCAAUCUAAAUCAGCCACACCCAUACCGUCACUUUCACAAACCCCUGAUCCACUCAAAUCCAUACAUGAUAAUUAUCUGUCUACGAAGAUGGAAAUCACUGGCAAUAGCAUUAAUACUUUUUCCAGAGCUCAAGGUCAAUCUCAAACUCGUACCAGUGAAUUUCCUUCUACAAUGUUUACUCUUGAAUCACCAGAUCAAAAUAGCUUAGAGCUAUUUGAUUUGGAUACUAAUACGGAUAUUGUAUGGAAAGAUAUCGACAGUGUCAUGUAUGAUUUUGGGUUUCAUACGUAA